UAUCAAUCCUUCCGGAUAAGGAAUUUUAUGGUGACUAACACGUCCUUCGUCAGUGGGGAAACAUAAUCCCGCUCAACGAGUGAAUAACCGGUCCGAAGCCCACCUUUCCAUCUUUCCUUCAAGAGCCUGACCUCGCUCCCUCUACGGCACUUUGCUAUCCAGUUCUCCUUUUUAUCUCUUCGCCCUUUGUGACAGGUGUUUAUCGAUCGACGAAUAACGUCUCGCUCCGGGCUUUCUCCCUUUCCGGUGUUAACGAGGCAACGGUUGCUAGGUCUAUCACAUCAUCAUCACCAUCUGCAUCAUCAUCAUGCGGCUAUAUCAGUGCUGUGUAAUCGCCGCUUUGUCGUCGGUCGCGCUGGCGAGUUUUAGUUGCGAGGCGGUUGCGGAUGGCAUCAAGUGGAAUCUAAAGGAUCUCCAAGGCCCAUAUUCUGUGACUACAGGAGAGGAGUCGUAUCCUACGGUGAGUUUCCGCAUUACUUUUCGUGAUGGUAAUAGGAGGGGUGGGGACUGAUUUUUUUUUUCGCGUGAUAGGUGACGAAUACUACCUGGACGAUCAACCCGUGCGGACCUAUACAGAAGAAUAAGGAGGAUCAUCCGAAGGAACAGUGUCCACAUGGCACUCAAGGUUUGUUUUACUUGAUCUGGGGAUGGAUUUGUUGUCCGACUUGACUUACGCGGUGGUGGGAUAACGAUAGUUUGUGGUAUCGAGCGUAUAACGGACGACGCUGGGACAAGGAUCCACAAGAUUAUUCCGGUCGCGGGAGAUAUCGAUGGUCGACAUGUGGAUGAGAAGGUCACGCGGCUGAAGGCUUCAGAGUCGCAUGCGGAUUCAGGGAAAGAAGGGCUCAGAGUUGUGCUUAAUGGUGGGCUAUAUGAGAAGAAGCCUCAGCAAGCGGUAGUUGAGUUCAUCUGUGAUCCGGAGAAGACUGGUCUGGAAGGGUUGAAGAAGGAGGGGAAGGAGGGGGAGGGUAAAGAGAAGGAGAAGAGGGAGGAGGAGGAGAAGGAGAAGGAUCCCAAAGAGAGUGAAAAUGCGGAGGAGAAGAGUUUGAAGUUCAUCGGCUACGAUACCACCAAUGCCGAAAGGGACGUGUUGAGAUUGGAAUGGAAGACAAAGCAUGCCUGUGAGAAUCUUGAAAAGGAUCCGGACACGGACCAAGGACAUCACUGGGGAUUCUUUACCUGGUUUAUCAUUAUGUAAUGCACCUUCUCUCAAUUUCUUUAAGCUGGUGCUAACAUUUACGCCCUAAAUUUUUAGCUUAUUCCUAGGCGUUGCAGCAUAUUUGAUUUUCGGCUCCUGGCUAAACCACAACCGCUAUGGCGCAAGAGGGUACUUUCCUACUCUUCCCUCCUCAUCAACUCCCCGUCGUUUCUCCCCAUUCCUCCUAUCACCCCAAUCCAGACGGAAAAAGCAAACGUUUUAACUUCAAAAGGCAAUCGACUAAUUAUUCUUCGGGCAACAGCUGGGACCUUCUUCCUCAUAGCGAUACCAUUCGGGACUUACCAUAUCUACUGAAGGACUGGGCUCGGAGGGUUUUAGGGACGUUGCAGGGUAGGGGCGGUGGACGGGGUGGCUACAGUGCGGUUUGAAGGCGGCGUCUGGGGGGUUGGUUUUCGGUGGAGUGUUUUUGUGCAGUGGAAUGCCUCUAUUCUUUGUUUUGCUAUUCAUUCCUUGCUCCCUUUCCUUACCGCGUUUUGUGUGGGUUUUCACUGGCAACGGCAGUACUUGCUGCGGUGAUUGUCGUUUUUCGCUUUUUUUCCCUUUUUCCCUUUCCUUCCUCUUCCCUUUCCACCUGUGCGUAGCUAUUGAUUUUAUAUAUUUUUUCCUCUUUUUUUCUUUUUUUCUGAUUGGCUUAGCUCUCGUACCGGGGUUUUUACUUUAGUGGUGGGAUAGAGGUUGGAUAUAUAUUUUUUGCAGUGGGUUUUAAUGCUAGGUCCCGGUCUGGUCGUCAACAUGAAAGUGGACAUCUUUGUAGUUGGGCGUGGGUCCCGGAAGUUACGUACGGCAGUCCGCCUAAUGUCCAAUGCGGGCUGUGAUUAAAGUUAUUCCAGGCUUGACCUACAGCUGUUUCAGAUCGCCGGGUGAUAAGCGAGAGGUCGUUGAAAAUUUGGGACCGGGCUACAUACCGGUAGACUGGUUGGUGGCUUCUGCAAGCAACUACUGGAGGGGGGCUGGACUGAAUGAGGAGUUCGGUCCGGGACAUGAGUUGUCACUCAAUGUUUGGUGACAGACGACGGGGUUUCUAUCCAUUACGUUUGUCCUAAUUAAUAUACUAGUUAGUGAUGGGAGUUACAGAUUAUGUCUAGAUCCCUCUGUAGGGAACUAUUUUCUCACCGAACGAAUGUACUGUUAGGCCGCGGUAUCGCUGAAGCAGCUGAGCGUUGACGCGCUGGAAGAUUUGUGACCACUUCUGCCCUGGUUGUGUUGUUCGUCCAUACGAUCAACGGGUGAUGGAGCUCUUGCAGCUCCGGGCAUUGAUGUUUUGGUAGGAGCGUUGAUACCUGCCCCCCCGUUAUAGUCCACGGCCAUGGCCCUUCCGCCUAGUUCCUGCAAUACUCCCACUGGUCGGGAAUGUCACUGCUAGCCGUACGCCAUGUCCAGAGCGGUGGUGGUGGUGGUAGAUUAUCUUCACGAAGUAUCACUCAGCACUUGCGUGCUUGGCAGGUGAU